GCAAACCUCGAAGCAUUAUAUAAUGGCUCUUCGAUCACUUUUGACUGGUCAAUCGCUCACAAUGGUUUCAACUUGUGGAUACCUGCCAACUAUACCACGUACGACCUUGAAUUCACUGUUUCAGCUUCAAAAAGUAAAGAAUGGCGCGGUCCAUUUGAUAAUAAUCAAGAUUAUA